CGAAUAUCAAAAGGUAUUAAUUUAAGUUACAUUCAAAUACUAAUUCUUUUAAAAUACAAAUAUGCCAAAUCGCUUAACUUAAGAAAACAAAACCAACUGACUUAUAAGCAGCUCUGUUUGUGCGAUGGCACUUUGGUGGCGGAAUAUAAGCAGGUUAAGGAGGCAGCUAAGCCAUCUGUAUAGCAGAGACAUUGCACAAUAUAUUAUUAUUGCUCAACAAUCAAGUCAAAAAAUACGUUAUCAUUCUACAUUGAGGCGCAAAAUUUCUGAUGCUCUUCCAGAUAUACGUAGAGCAAACAAGAACAUCACAAAUUUGAUUCGAAAUGGUCGAUUAGAAGAUGCUCGGACAUUAUUCGAUGAGUUAACGCAUCGAAACACAGUUACUUGGAACUCAAUGAUAAGUGGGUACGUGCAACAUCGUGAGAUUGUGAAAGCACGGUACCUGUUUGAUGAAAUGCCUCAACGAGAUGUUGUUUCUUGGAAUUUGAUGAUUUCUGGGUAUUUGUCUUGUAAAGGGAAGGGGUAUUUGGAGGAGGGUAGGAAUCUGUUUGGUGAAAUGCCUGAAAGAGAUUUCAUUUCUUGGAAUACUAUGAUUAGUGGGUAUGCUAAAGCUGGGAAAAUGGGUGAAGCGUUGGAGGUUUUUGAAUGUAUGCCUGUUAAGAAUGUUGUGUCUUGGAAUGCCGUGAUUUCGGGGUUUUUGCGUAAUGGGGAUGUGAAAACUGCUGUUGGGUAUUUUAAGAGAAUGCCGGAGAGGGAUUCGGCUUCUCUUGGUGUACUUGUAUCGGGUUUGAUACAGAAUGAGGAAUUGGAUGAGGCGGAAAAUGUUCUUUAUGAAUUUGGAGAGAGCAAUGAUGGGAAAGAAGAUAUGGUUCAUGCUUAUAACACUUUGAUCGCUGGAUAUGGUCAGAAAGGAAGAGUUGGUGAUGCUAGACGCCUUUUUGAUAAAGUUCCAUCUUAUAGUGGUCAGGGAAUUAGCAGAAAGAAGAGAUUUGAGAGGAAUGUCGUGUCAUGGAAUUCCAUGAUCAUGGCUUAUAUCAAAGCAGGAGAUGUGGUUUCUGCAAGAGAACUUUUUGAUCAGAUGACAGAGAGGGAUACAUUUUCAUGGAACACAAUGGUUUGUGGCUAUGUUCAUGCCUCAAAUAUGAGUGAAGCAUCAAACCUGUUUUCUAAAAUGCCGAAUCCUGAUGUACUAUCAUGGAAUUCAAUCAUCUCUGGAUAUGCACAGACGGGAAUGUUAGAAUUGGCACGUGAUUAUUUUGAAAGGAUGCCCCACAAGAAUCGGGUUUCUUGGAAUUCAAUGAUCUCUGCAUGUGAAACAAAUGCAGACUAUGAAGGAGCAAUAAAGUUAUUCAGGGAGAUGCAACAGGCUGGGGAGAAACCUGAUAGACACACACUCUCCUCACUCCUAAGUGUUUGUGCUGAAACUGUGGCAUUGUUUCUGGGUAUGCAGAUUCAUCAAUUAGUGACAAAGACUGUUAUACCAGAUAUACCUUUAAACAAUUCCCUAAUAACUAUGUAUGCAAGAUGUGGCGCAAUACAUGAAGCAAGGACAAUAUUUGAAAAGAUGAAAUUUCAAAAGGACGUAAUCUCAUGGAAUGCAAUGGUCGGAGGAUAUGCAUCUCAUGGUUUUGCAUUUGAAGCCCUAGAGCUUUUUGAAUUAAUGAAGUGCCUUAAAGUGAGGCCAACUCGCAUCACGUUCAUUUCAGUUCUGAAUGCUUGUGCUCAUUCUGGUUUAGUGGAACAAGGUCGGUUAUAUUUUAAAUCUAUGGACUCUGAAUUUGGCAUCAAACCUGAGGUUGAACAUUUUGCCUCCCUUGUGGAUAUUGUUGGUCGAGACGGGCAGCUUGAGGAGGCGAUGAAAGUGAUUAACACUAUGCCAGUGGAGCCAGAUAAGGCUGUCUGGGGUGCAGUACUAGGUGCUUGCAGGGUGCACAACAAUGUUGAGUUGGCGCGAAUAGCAGCUGAAGCGCUAAUGCGCCUGGAACCAGAGAGUUCAGGCCCUUAUGUUUUGCUGUAUAACAUGUAUGCCGAUGCUGGAAGGUGGGAUGAUGCAAAUGAAAUCAGAAUGUUGAUGGAAACAAAUAAGAUAAGGAAGGAGCCCGCUUAUAGCAGGGUCGGCUCUACUUCCUCAUAGUGAUUUCUGAAAUUGUAAAUUUUGAUCACACAAAGAAUUUGGACCGAGUUAGCUAUUUUGGGGUUUAAAUCAUUAGAAGGAAAAUGCCAUGUGCAGUGUCCUGCUGAGCUUUUGCAGUAUUCUUUACUUUGACUAAUAAUGCAACAAUGCUGCAAAACCCUUAUUUGAUGUUUUGGAGCAUUUAUGUCUGCAGUUUAAGUGUUGGAGUUCAAAGAAUUGAGCAUAGUGAAUUCUAGUGGGCCAGAAGCUUGUUUCAUGAAGAAACACCACUAAAAUAGGCAUUGACUCUACUGAUAACAUUGCAUGAUUGCCAGGCAACACUGCUCUCUGGCAUCAAGCAUUUCCACCUGAACAAUCAGAAAAGAAAUCAAAACUUAUUAGGAUGGAGGACGUUAACAUCGAUGCCAAUGCUCCAACUCCUAGACAUGUAUCCAAAUAACUGAAGAGAAAUCUGUGGGGUUUGAGGAUAAUGCUGAGAAGCAUUCAUUUACUGACUAGGGAAGCCAACUUUGACUACAAAGAUAUUCAAAGAUUCUUCUGUUGUUUUGAUGUUCGAGCAUGGUGUACUGUCUCACAAACAUAUAAUCUGAGAGAGCUAUUAAUCGACAUCUUUGGGCAAGUUACAGGUGUUAAGCACCAUGUGCAUGCCAGUGACGGUAUAGUUGAUAUGUUGUGCAAAUGUUUGCUAGGCAAAAGAUAUCUAUCUCAUUGUGUUGGUUGAUAUGUGGGACGUCGAGGUGUGGGGUUAGUUAAGAUUAUGUAUUCCAGUUGGUGGAAAUGGAAGCAGAAUUAUCGACUUAAGCAAGUGGCAGAGGGACUCAUGCGCCUUAAUGAUCCCUGACUACAGAUGAGAGUUUGAAAUUGUUGCUGAAGUAACUGAAAAGGAAACUUGCCCUCUAAACUCCGGGUGCUGGAAUACAAGUUCAUUUGAAGAUGUCGUCUUCUAUCCAUGGGAAAUGGGAUGCAGAACUUAGAGUACUUGUACUACUGACAAGGACUGCAGUAAUUGCUGGAUAUGUUGUACCUGUACGUACAAUAGUGUUGAAAAUCAAUCUUUCUGCCUGAUUUAAGAAUUUCGUUUGUAAUUUCAGUGUCUUUGUUGCAUCUUUUUGUUUCUUUAUCAUUAAAACAUUGUACGAAUAAUGAAAAAAAGACGAACGAAUAAUUUUAUAUUCAAGAAAGCUAAUGGACUCCACUUCGAAGGCUCAUCUCUCCUACAUAAUGA